CUUCCCGUCGUUUUCACCCUGAAUCGUCGAUCCUGUGACCCCGUGACCUUUGGACGGAGGGAUCAUGAAGCAGCUUCCUGCAGACACGGUGCGGCUGCUGUCCAGCUCCCAAGUCAUCACCUCUGUGUUGAACGUGGUGAAAGAACUGAUGGAGAACUCUCUGGACGCCGGAGCCUCCAGCAUCGACGUCAAACUGGAAAACUUUGGACUGGAGCGGACCGAGGUCCGGGACAACGGCUGCGGCAUCAAAGCGGUGGACGCUCCGGUCAUGGCCGUCCGACAUUUCACCUCCAAGAUCUGCAGCCAUGAAGACCUGGAGCGUCUGGAGAGCUACGGCUUCAGGGGCGAGGCGCUGGGCUCCAUCUGUGCCGUGGCUGAGGUUUCCGUCACCACGAAGACCCAGGAGGACGACAUCAGCACUCAGUACACCCUGGACCACACUGGGAGGGUGGUCUCUCAGAGGCCGUCCCACCUGGGUCAAGGAACGUCGGUGAGCGUGACAAAGCUCUUCAAGAACCUGCCGGUCAGACGGCAGUUCUACUCGUCCACUAAGAAGUGUAAGGAGGAGCUGAAGAAGGUCCAGGACCUGCUGAUGGCCUACGCCCUCAUAAAGCCCGAGCUCAGGCUGAUGCUGGUGCAUAACAAGGCGGUGCUUUGGCAGAAGGCCCGGGCGGCCGACCUGAGGAGCGCCCUGGUUGCUACGCUGGGGUCCGGCGCCGUCGCUAACCUGCUGCCAUGCCACCAGGAACAGCCAGAGAUGGUUCUGGACGGCUUCCUGCCCAAACCGGGAGCCGAUCUGUCCUCCACCAGCUGCUCCGCCUCAGAGAAAACCUUCAUCUUCAUCAACCGGCGGCCCGUCCAGCAGAAGGAGAUCAUGAAGCUGCUCCGUCAGCACUACUGCGCCCAGUACGCCGAGGACGCCGCCCGCCACCGCUUCCCCAUCCUGCUGCUCAGCAUCUCCGUCUCUCCUUCAUCUCUGGACGUCAACCUGACGCCGGAUAAAACCCAGGUCCUUCUGGAUAACAAGGAGGCGGUUCUGACGGCGUUGGAGGCUCUGCUGGUUUCUCUCUACGGGUUCCGCUCCAGUUCAGCUGAACAGCAGCUGAACCACGAGGCUCCUCCUCCUCCGUCGGCUCGAUCGGAGGAGAGGAGGACCAGAACAUCUGGCUUUCAUGAAGACGCUCCCACAGCAGAACCCAAACAUGGCGGCGGUGCCGACCCUCAGGCUGCUCUGCAGCGCCAGGCCUCCAGCUGCAGCUCCUCUUCCUCCACGGCGGAUGAUUGGAUCAUCAACCCGCCUCCCAGCGAGAUCUGCUCCGGUUCCUCUCUCUGUGGAGAUGAAACCGCUGCGGCUCGGCCCAAACCAGAACAGACCGGUUCUGAACCGGAGAAACCAGAGGAGGAGCGUGAAACCAGGAAGAUUUCUGCCCAGGACUGGAGCCGGGGGACGGCGCUGACCGACCCGGUCACAGGAGAACCCCUCCGACCCGUCCUGGUCCACCGGCCCUCUGGGCCCGGUUCCCCCGGCCCGCAGGAGGCCAGGAGUAAAAAGCUGAUCAAUUCUGUGACGGAGAAAGGAGCGACGCUGACGGCCUACGACAUGAUCAGCAGCCGCGCCAUGCGGGCGCCGCCGUCCCCCGCCUCCCUGUUCGAGAAGGAGGCCCGGUCCGAGGUUCUGAGGGAGCGGCCCGCCGCCAGCCUGCAGGAGGUCAGCGCCGCCGUUCAGGAGAGGUGGAGAAACCUGAGGGAGGAGGACAGGAAGACGUAUGAGGAGAAAGCCAAGAAAAAACACGACCUCCAUGAGCAGAGGACCAAGCUGGCGUCAGACGGGGGCCCCCAGGGGCCGACUGAGAGGCCUAAAGCGCAGAGCGUGAAGCGCAAAGCGCCGCCGUCCAACCAGCAGCUGCUGGACGAGCUGUUCUCCGCUCAGCCCCAGAAGAAGACCAAGACUCCGCCCCCCAAGCCUUCGCGGCCCCUCCUCUGCAGCAUGGCGGCCCUCCGCCUGAGGCUCCAGCGCCUGUCUUCUCAGAGCUCGGCGCCGCCCCGGGGCCUCCAGCUGGUGAACCGCCUGGGCUCCCAGAGCUGCUGGGCCGUCAUGGCGGGUCGGAGGCUCCUGCUGUUCAACCCGUAUCGAGUAGAAGAAGCUUUGCUGUUUAAGAGGCUCCAGGAGAACCACGUCCUCCCGGCGGCGGUUCUGCAGAACCCGCUCCGCCUCACAGACGGGAACCUGGGAGGAGCAGAGUUUGAGACGCUGUGCAGCAUGAAGAAAGGAGCAGCAGAGCUGGAUGGAAGCGUCUUCUUCUCUGACCCCCGGCUGCUCGCCAACGGCUUCAGAGUCAGACUCCCAGCAGGCCUCCCGUCAGCGGAGAAACAUCUGGAAGUGGCGGCCAUGGCCGACUGCGUGCCUUUUCUCGGCGUGGAGGACCUCAGGGAGGUUCUGAGCGCCAUUCUUCACAGGAAGGCUUCCAGACCGCAGGACUGCCGUCCGCUCAAAGUCACAAACUACCUAAAAGCCGAGGCGGUCCGGCUGGCCCGUCAGCUGCCUUCCAGUUUACGCCGCGGUGACGUGGAGGAGCUGGUCGGACGGAUGGAGCGGCGGCUGGGCGGAACCGAACAGACCUGCAUCCACGGGCGGCGGUUCUUCCAUCACCUGGUCGACGUUCCGUCUACAGACGAGGAGGCGGAGGCUCUGCUCAGGCCUCUGGAACUCUGAUGUCACACCUUACAGAAGCUCCUCCCUCUCCUCAGGUCGCCGCCGCAUGGCGAUGAAUCUGCCUCUCGCUCAGUUAGUGAGAAACUAGAGGCUGGACUUUGACUAGGCCGUUCCAGCAUCCUGGUUAGUGAACUGAAAGGCAGGUUUUUAUA